AUGGGGGUAAAAAGGUUCCAUCUUGAAUCCUUUUCUGACUGCUUUGAUAUGCCGUCUGUCCUCUUCGAAGCCAAAUCCCUUGAGGAACUGCAUCUUGCGCAUUGCCGAAUUACUUAUCCAGACAAGUUGCUUUCUAAGAAACUACGAAUUCUUUCGCUCGACUUGGUAGAUAUUGGAGAUGAAGCUUUGCGGAAGAUAAUGUCGGGCUGCCCCUUGAUGGAACGUGUGGUCCUUUUUGGCUGUCAAGGUCUCACAUCAAUUAAGGCUCAUAAUAGUAAUCUCAAGCACUUUGAAUACUUUGAUUUUCAAGCUGAUAAUGUCCUCAUAGACAUUGAUGCACCGAGUUUAGAGAGCAUCAGAAUUAUGGGUCAAUCGAGAUGGCUUUACCUUGGUAAGUCCUUCAUGCAUCUCAAGUCCGUUUAUCUCGAGUAUCUCGUCCUCAACCAGAAGUUUUUUGAUAUGUGCUCAGUCGACUUGUGCUGUCUUGAGGACUUGAAAAUGCACUCUUGCAGUGGCCUUGAAGAAUUCCAGCUCUCGAGCCGCUCGAUUAAACGAUUGCGUUUUUGGGUGGGCAGCCCCACCAAGGCAGUUCUUGACCUCCCAAAUAUACUUUUUCUCCAGUUGCAUUGCAUAGUUUUCCCGUCAAUCUUGUUGUCAACAGAUUCCAGUGAGUGGAGAUCGGAGAUUCACUUGAUCCGUCCUCUUAUUCCCAAUAAUGAUAAUGAAGCUGCAUCGUUGUUUGAUAAGUUACAUGAACUGCACAGGGCAUUGGGACAUUCUCGAAUUUCUAUGCACAUGAGAGUUUUUAAUCUGGAUUUAGCAUUCAGUCAUGAGGGUCUUGGAGAACUUCCCGUGAUCGAGAGCUUGACUGUGGAGAAAGAUUUUACUUUAUUUUACCUAAAGGCUUUUUUCAAUUAUUUUUUUGGUAAAUUCCGUCCGAGAUAUGUAGAACAGUCUGUGGAUGCCGUUUUCGAGACUGAAGAGUAUGAAGAAGAACCAGACCCCUAUGAUGAAGAAGAGUAUGAAGAAGAACCAGACCCCUAUGAUGAAGAAGAGUUUGAACCUCCGUGUACAGUUUCAGCGACUAAAAAGUAUGGAGGAGUCAAUGAACUCGUUGAUCGUUUGUGCGAUAUGUUUUUGAUGGAGAGUGAAAGGGAGAAUUACUAUUGGCGGCAGGAUUUGGAGGAAGUAAGUGUGGAGGCCAGUGAAGAGAGUGGAAAGAAAUGGCGUCCUUUGCAAGGAGCGAAUAUAUCUGAAUGGGGGUUGCCGAACAAUGUUGAUCAACAGAUUCAACAACAGGUUCGCUUUCGACUAAAAUGGAGAGGGUGA